AUGCCUAGCACAACAAAAUCCCAAGAUUUGGGAUUCACUUCCUAUAUGAUUAUGUGUGCAUGUGUUGCAGCAAUAUCUGGAUUUACAGUUGGUUGGCAUAUCAGUGUACCAAAUGUGCCUCAAGCAGUAAUUACACAGUGCACUGAUGGAACUAUUAGUGCAACUAGUUUACCAGCAUGUCUUCCAAUGAGUGAUUUCACUUGGGGUUAUACUAUUGGUGCCUUUCCAAUCGGUGGCUUCUUUGGAAGUAUAGCAAGCAUGUACCUUAACAACAAAUACGGCAGACGAGCAAACAUGUUGAUUGCCUGUGCUUGGAUGAUUGCUGGUGGUAUCUUGUCUUCAUGUGCCAUUAACAUUGUCAUGUAUUCAUUUGGCAGAGCAUUUGUUGGUGUUGCAUCUGGCAUGUCUGGAUCAUCAGUCGCUAUCUACGUAUCCGAAAUCUCGACUACAAAGAGCCGUGGUGCACUUGGAAGUCUGUUCGAACUGUUCCUCAACACCGGUAUCCUGAUCACCCAGAUCUGCGGCAUGUACAUGAGCACCGCUAAUGCCUGGCGUUUCCUGUGGGCCAUUCCAACCUUUUUGGCCGCAAUCCAGGCCGUUUUGCUGGUCUUCUUUGUCGUCGAAUCUCCGCGCUACCUCUGCUCGACCAAGGAAUACGACCCGGCAUGUGCAGCCCUGCAACGCCUACGCUCCGACGCAGAUAUCGAAGAAGAAUUCGCAGAGAUGCUUGCUGCCCGCCAGCGCGAAGAAAACGGCAGGCCAAGCAUGAACAUCUGGGACAUCAUCGUCCUGAAAGACAAGACUAUCUCCUGGAACACCGUGAUCGUCAUGGUCCUGCAGGCCUAUAACCAGGUCGGUGGCAUUGGACCCAUCUCAGUCUACUCGGUCGGAUUCUUGACCAAGAUUUUCAAUGGUGAUUCUUCCCUGGCCACCGACAUUUCACUGGCUGCAGCCGCAGGAAACAUUGUGGCUGUCUUUAUUGCCAUUGGAUUUAUGAACCGUGUUGGCCGCAAAGGCUUUAUGUUGAUUUCGACUGCCGGAACUUGCAUUGCAUCUAUUAUGAUGGUAGUAGGAUCAUCAGGCGGCACCAAACUUGCACCACUUGUCAUUACAUCAGUAUUGCUGUUUACUUUUACGUACUCUAUGGGCUGUGGUGUGAUUCCUUGGAUGAUUGCGCCUGAACUGCUGCCUCUCCAUGCUCUUUCUGCCGGAAGUGCUCUUGGAAAUGGUGCAAACUGGCUUUGCAACUUUAUCAUCAACACUGUCUGGCCUUACAUGGACGCCAACCUCAAAGAGUAUAGUUUUACUGUGUUUGUUGCCCUCAAUUUUGUUGCAUUUGUGUUCCUCUUGAUCUUCAUGCCAGAAACCACCGGUCGUGAUAUUGACUUUAACGAAGAAACGACUAUCAAGGACGAUGCCGAGUUCACUGUAGAUGGCCGUGGUUCUGCUAUCGUCAACACUAACACCAAUAGCGAUGGUACAGAUGAACUUGCAACCUUCAAGACCGAACACAUUAAUCACAAGCAUUAA